AUGGAUGUCUUCAAGAAGGGCUUCUCCAUCGCCAAGGAGGGAGUGGUGGGUGCUGUCGAGAAGACCAAGCAAGGGGUGACUGAAGCGGCUGAAAAGACCAAGGAAGGGGUCAUGUAUGUGGGAGCCAAGACCAAAGAGGGUGUUGUGCAGAGUGUGACCUCAGUUGCUGAGAAGACCAAGGAACAGGCCAGUGCCGUGAGUGAGGCAGUCGUCACCAGUGUCAACACUGUGGCCAUCAAGACCGUGGAGGAGGCAGAGAAAAUCGCGGUCAGCUCCAGGAUGGCGCACAAGGAGGACUUGGCGAAACCGGUGCCCCCACAGGAGGCCGAGGCAGCCAAAGAGGAGGAGGGAAUGGCUAAGGAGGCUGAGAGUGGAGGAGACUAG